AUGCGUGUUGAAGCCUUUACAUAUGCAGACUGGGCUGGUUCUCCUGAUGAUAGGAGGUCAACUUCUGGGUACUAUAUUUGUGUUGGUGGGAAUCUUAGUCUUCUUCAAGAUCGAAGUGUAUCUGUCCAAUUUCUUAUGAUGCUUUAUUGUGAUAGUAAAUUGGCUAUUAGCAUUGCUCAUAAUCCAAUUCAGCAUGAUAAGACGAAGCACAUGGAGAUUGACUGUCAUCUCAUUAAGGAAAAACUCGAACAGGGUGUUAUCUAUAUACCAUUUGUUAAAUCUAGUGAUCUGUUGGUUGAUGUAUUUACUAAACGUCUUAGCAGUAAGAACAGUGUGAUAAAAAAUGUUUUUGACCUGCCCCUCAAGCACGGAAGGACACCUGAAGAUGCAGCUCUCAAUUGGACGGAGAAAGAAGAUCAUAUUGCUACCAGACCCAGGCUGUAUAAAGUGAAGGAUGAGAGACAUGCAGAAGCCUUCUGGAACCACGUGUCACUUGCAAAGGAGGAUGCUCUUCCUUUGGGAGAAAGAAUGGCAGCCUUGCAAGACCAUCAAGUUUCUGGUGUCCCUAUUAAAUGUAAAGUUUGGACCUGGUAUUCAUUGUUAAUUAUUCUGCGCAGCUCAUCUAGCCGUGAGCCAUCGAGUAUUCCACGCAGCUCAUCUGGCCAUCCCAAAAUAGUAUACAUUGGUCUUUUGCUAUGGAAGUAG